AUUCUUUUAAGUUUUAACUCCCAAAACCCCUGCCUAGGUUUAAGCCCUCUCUGGUUGAACAUUGUCUCCAACAUUUGGGAAUCGGUAGAUUUGCUCUCAACGAGACUGCUCCGUUUUAUGGAGAUUUGUUGAUUCUGGUACAAUGUCCAGCAAUUCAGGAAGUGAAUUUACCAAUGAUUCUUCAAGCUCAACGGAGGCAGAGAAGCCUCAGAUUGAGCCCAUACGAAUGCCCACAGUGGAGGAGAUCAGAGGCCAAGACAUUUGGAACAACUGUGCUGUUCGCAGCGUUGCCAGUGGAGUAAUGGGAGGAGGGCUUGGUUUAUUGAUGGGUUUGUUUCUGGGGGCAUUGGACAAUCCUAUAAUGCAAGAAGAAAUGACUGCUCGGCAGCAAUUCAUUUACACUGCAAAGCAGAUGGGAAGCAGGAGCUGGGGUUCAGCCAAGACCUUUGCUGUGAUGGGCUUGAUAUUCUCAGCUGCAGAAUGUGUAGUUGAGAAGGCGCGUGCAAAACAUGAUACAACAAAUACAGUUGUUGCGGGGUGUGUUACUGGGGGUGCAAUAUCAGCAAAAGGCGGUCCAAAAGCGGCUUGUGUUGGUUGUGCUGGCUUUGCAACAUUCUCAGUCUUGAUAGAGAAGUUUUUGGAUAGACAUGAUUGAGUGAACAGGUAGCUUGUUCCAGUUUUGCAUACACUGAUUUUAUCACAAGAACGUGAUAGGCCACCUGCAGAAUUUAGCAUAUUUUUUCAAAGCUCCAGCCUCCCUCUGUGAUUCGAUUUCAUCCCUCUUUACAACAUGAUGCAGCAAGGGAAACACAACCCUUUUGGAUUUGUACCAUUUAUAUUCCCAUUUUGACUAUAGUUUGAUUAUUGGAUCGAUCCUCCAAAGUUGAGGAGUUUGAGUAGAUUACAGAGAUACCCUACAUGAUGCAUGCAACAUUCAAAAUAACUCAGAACCAAGAGGAACUUCUUGAUGUGUUUACCCAGUUGAUUUAAUUUCAUUUUAUCAGUGAAAAACAACGGCUCUUGCCAGUGUUGCUUACUA